ACUGUCAUUAGUGUCAUUUUAAUUAAAAUAAAAUCACUUUUAUAUUUAUCCAAACAAAAACAUUUUAUUAAAAUUAAAAUGUCGAUUGAAAUUUUACAAUCGGAUUGUAAAAGGGCCGUUUCCAAUUUGAAUUCGUUAAGUAACAAUGAGUUAGAUGCCAUUAUGAACGAUGACGAAAAAAUACAAGAAAUUAUUGCACAGCUAGAUCAGUCGUAUUUAAAAGAAAUUGAAAAUGAAAAAGAAACGGUACUAGUUAGUAACAAUUCCAUGGCCGAAUUUAAUCUUUCAAAAGAACCAGAGUUGGUCGAAGGUCGAGAAAAAAUACAGGAAUUAACUGAAACUGGAGAAAAGUUAACCAAAACUAUAGAAGAUAAAUUGAAGGAAUUAAAGGAAAAAGGUGGUGAUAUGUCUCUAGAAACAGCUUUAGCUUUGUUACAAACAGCUGCUAGUGAGAUGGAAGAAGAAUCUGACAAGAUAGCAAAGAAAUUUUUAGAUAGCGAGCUUGAACUGGAUGAUUUUCUAGACGAUUUCUUAGAGAAGCGAAGAAUAAUGCAUAUGAGGCUAGUUAAAGCUGAAAAACUUUCAAAAAUCUUACAAAGAGAUCCUUCAUUGAACAAUAUUCCUAAUUACAUAAAUUCACCACCAGUCAGUGUUAACUCGCACUUCUUUCCUGGUAUGCCCACAAAUAUUCCUUCAAAUAUGCCUCCUUAUCCUGUUAAUGGACCAACAGUACCAUAUCCUGUUGGACCUCUACAUAUGCCUAUGCCUCUGCCACCCAGACAAAAUUAUUUUCAGAAUUAUUAAAUUUAAGAUCCCUUGAAAGAAAAAAUUGAUCAAUAUUUGGCACAUUGUAUCAGCAAAUCUUAUUCUAGAUGACUCAAAUAAUAUCACAGUCACUUUUCUAGUAUUUAUUUAAUUAGGGUAAAUAGUAAGUUUUUUUUUAAGUCAUAAUUAGUGAUAUUUUACUUGUGAUUUCAUCAGUUUUAUAAAUAAAAUUUAAAAUUAUGAUAAAAGACCUAUGUAGUAAAACAGUUUAUAUAAAUCUGUUAUAAAAUAUUAAAAAUGCAGUUGUCUACAUAGACUGCAACUAGAAUUACAAAUAUUUCUACAAAUACAGAGCUGUAGCAAUCUAACAAAUUCGUUGCUCAAACUAUAGCAUUUUUUUCUUUCAAUUGGUGCCUUAAUGAAUUUUAUUAAAUUUAAUUACUUGGCUCUUGAACUCUAAAAAUGGAAAUGUAUAAUAUGGUAGGAACAACACAAAUAACUUUUUCUUUCUUUACUCUUUAAAUUCUAUUUUUAAUAAAUGUUUAGACUAAGUUUAGUUUUUAGUUUCCUUAAGAGGGACAAACAUGAAUCAAAUCAUAAAACAGCCUAAGUCACUAAGACAAAUCUAAUGUUUUAUUGUUUAGACUCUUAGUACAAAAAAAGAACAGUAUAACUUGACAAUUGUUUAAAUUCUGAAUACUCAAAACAAUAGAAAUAUUUAUCAAAAUUUUAGUUUAAAACUUGUUUUUAUUUGAGAAAAUGGCAGGCGAGUUGAAAUCGUAAAUAUGUCUGAGUAAUGUAAAUUUUAUUUUCAUCCAUUAUAAUAAUAAUAAUUGAUUUUAUAUUUAUAUUAAUCUGAUAAACAUAUAUUCUUAAAAAAUUAAAUUAUUUUUUUUAUGUGCCAAACUAUUGGUAUAAACCUUUAGAAAUUUGUUACAAAAAAAAGUAAAAAAGCAUACCAAUAUGUGUUUUAUAUAAAAAUAUGAUUUUAGCAUAAUGUGAUAAUCAGUAGUAAUAUAUUAAACAAAAAUUAUAUAGAAAAUACGUUAUUUUAAAAAAUACAAUUAUGGUUUUCUAUACAGAAGUAGUCGUUUAUUAUCAGUGCUAAAAAUAUGUAUAUGUGCACAACUGGAUUAAUGAUGAUUAAUAAAUAAUUUUUUU